CAACUGAUGUUCUCUUGGCUCAAUUUCACUCUUUGAGUAAUUCAAGUAAAUUCAUUUUCAACGCCCGGGCUGUAUUGACUACCCAUAACCAAGGUCACUGUGGACGUUUCGGCGACGGCGAAAGAUGGGAUGGCUGUCCCUCCCCGAUCCCCAUAUUCCCCUCUUGAUCGCUCUUCCUUCUAUCGUGCUUGUCUUGUUUCUCAGCAUUGCGGCGUUUUUCCUUGAAAUUGUCAGGAAGAUCGGAUGCAAGCACUCGUUCGAGAGGACAGAUGCCUCGGAUGCAUUCUUUGAAGAUCCCAACUCGUUGAAGAAGGUUCCAUGUCCAUCAAUCUUUGAUAAUGCAGAGAAGUACUUAUCUCUGAUUGUCCCUGCAUAUAACGAGGAGCAUAGGCUUCCUGCAGCUCUUGUUGAAAUGAUGAGUUAUCUUCAAAAACGUGCAGCGGCGGACAAGUCCUUCACUUAUGAGGUGUUAAUAGUAGAUGAUGGAAGUACUGAUAAAACUUCUAAAGUGGCAUUUGACUUUGUUAGAAAGUACAAGAUAGAUAAUAUGAGGCUUCUUCUUCUUGGAAGAAAUCAUGGGAAAGGAGAAGCUAUUAGAAAAGGAAUGCUUCAUUCACGUGGUGAACUUCUCCUAAUGCUUGAUGCUGAUGGAGCGACGAAUGUUACUGACUUAGAAAAGCUUGAAUCUCAGGUAUAUGCAACGGCUAAGAAUAAAAUAGAUGAUAAAUCUCUAGCUGAGUCAUCUAAUGAUAUAAGACCCAAGCUAUCAGAUAUUGAAGUUUCUGUAUUUGGUUCCCGGGCACAUCUUGAGAAGCAGGCUCUUGCUACUAGGAAGUGGUACAGAAACUUUCUAAUGAAAGGUUUCCAUCUUGUGGUUUUAUUUACUGCUGGUCCAGGUAUCCGUGAUACACAGUGUGGCUUCAAGAUGUUCACAAGGGCGGCUGCUAAGAAACUUUUCACAAAUAUUCGAUUGAAGAGGUGGUGCUUCGACGUCGAAAUUGUCUAUCUGUGCAAGCGCCUAAAUAUUCCAAUGAUCGAAGUAUCAGUAAAUUGGACUGAAAUACCUGGUUCGAAAGUGCGGCUGACUAGCAUAGCUCACAUGCUGUUUGAGCUCACAUUGAUUCGAUUAGGCUAUGGACUUGGCAUUUGGAAAAUUUACACCUGAUCUCUGUCAACUCAUACCACAGUGGAUCGUCAUCCCUCGGAAGUUCUUACAGAGGAGAAUGGUGAUCAAUUGGGAAGCAGUGACUAACUCAAAAUUGCAUGAAAGAGCAGUUUUGAUAUGUUAUUUGCUCAGUCUCAAAGUUCUAUGUGCUCCAUCUGUGCAUGCUAUGCUAUUUAUUCUUCAUGGAAGUCAUUGUUUGGAAUGUUCUAGAAUUUUUGUAUUAUGAGUAAUUAAUUAUACCUUGUCCAGAUGAUUACUUCUGGCUUCUGAGAGCUUAUAUUUGUAGUUUUCUGAUUUUUCUGUAAUAUUUAGAACAGAAUGUUCCUCUUGGUGAGAAACUUGGUAGCCAAUGGGUUCAUAUUAGCUUAAAGGAACUGAUUAAUUUUCACUGUCAGUUGCUAACUUGUAAUACCUUGAAAUAUGUUUUGUUAA